UCAUUCUGUCAUUAUCGAAAAUUAGGAAAACAAUAAUGUAGAAUAGUGAAUGUUUUGAAAUAUAAUUUUAAAAUAUACGGAGAACAUACAAAAAGACUGUUUGGUAUUCACAAUUACAAUAAAUGUGUGUGGCAACAAGAGAUAUAAUGGACUGUAUGUUUGAAGCCUGCUUGGAAGCCACACUGGAGCCAGAUGAUAUUCCAAAAACAAUAGAUCCAGUAUGGAUUCUUGGCAAGAAAUACAAUGCUCUGCAAGAUAUCAACAAAAUAAGGCAAGAUAUCAAUUCAAGAAUUUGGAUAACAUACAGAAAAAAUUUCGUCCCUAUAGGAGGUAAUGAAGGUCUAACAUCAGACAAAGGAUGGGGAUGCAUGUUGAGAUGUGGGCAAAUGGUCCUAGCACAAGCUUUGACAUCACUACAUUUAGGAAGAGAAUGGUUGUGGGAUCCACAAACUCGUGAUUCUACAUAUUUGAAGAUUCUCAACAAAUUCCAGGAGAGGAGACAGGCACCUUAUUCCAUUCAUCAAAUUGCACUCAUGGGAGCUUCAUUAGGAAAAUCUGUAGGGCAGUGGUUUGGCCCCAAUACAGUUGCACAAGUUCUCAAAAAAUUAGUCAAAUAUGAUGAAUGGAGUAGAUUAGCUAUACAUGUAGCUCUAGAUAAUGCCAUAGUUAUCAAUGAAAUAAGAGAGUUAUGUUUAUCAACAACAAAACUAGAUGGUACAAAAAUGACAAAUUCUGAAUGGAAACCUUUACUUCUCAUAGUGCCUUUACGACUUGGACUCACUGAUAUCAAUCCCAUUUAUAUAAGUGGUGUACAGAAAUGUUUUCAAUUUCGGCAAAGUUUAGGUGUUAUUGGCGGAAAACCUAAUGUCGCCUUGUAUUUCAUUGGUUGUGUGGGUAAAGAAGUAAUCUAUUUAGAUCCUCAUAAUACUCAAAAAAGUGGAUUUGUGGAGAAUAAAGAAACUGAGGAGCAAAUUGAGAUGGACUUAACCUAUCAUUGUAAAUAUGCAUCUAGAAUCAAUAUACUCAAAAUGGAUCCUUCAGUAGCUGCGUGUUUUUUCUGUAAAACAGAAGUUGAUUUCAACGACUUCUGCCAGAGAGUGAAAACCGAUUUAAUAGAUCCAGAAAAAGAGCCAAUGUUCGAAGUUUGUUAUAAUAAACCUAAAGAAUGGUCACCAACCUUGGAAAAUGCAAUUGAGGCUGGAACUACAUCAUUUUCAGAUUUGCAGGGCCCAGGUGGUUACCAUUUCGACUCAGAUCAUGAAUUUGAGAUACUUUAAGAGAAGGAACCAGAGUAGAAUAAUUUUUGAUGUAAUUGUCCAAAAUGCCAGAGUUUGAAGUUAAUGAGAAUCUUAAAUUUGAAGAUGUUACAAAGUGCUUGAAUAAAUAAUGUUGAUAUGCAUUUAUUUAUACUGUACAUAAUAUAUUGAAUAUCAACUGAACUUUUGUAUGUAUGUUACAUAUAUAUCUCGCAACUUUUUUAUUUAUAUGAAAAAUAACGUUUAUUUGUUAAUCCUCAACUAUUAAUAAAACGAUUUG